GUGCCGCCGUCCCAUCCCGAACGGCGCUGCUCAAUCUGAUAUUCCUAUGCUCCAGUGCCGACGCGGAAAUAUGGUGCGAGUCCAUGUAUGAAGUCCUCAAGUUCAAGGCCGACCAGUGGAACAACGAUAUCGACCCGACGCUCUUGCCAGGCGCGCUAUUCAACAUCCACUACGAAAACAUAUCAGCUGAAGCGCAGGGAUCAAUCGUGCCGGUGAUGCACUAUGGCGCCACAAACUCAGCCAAUGCUUUCAUCGGCCCGGAUUUCAGUUACCUUGCCACUGUGGCUGCCGUGGCCGACUCUGGGUUCCAGCUGCCGAUGUGCUCCUGUUGUGCGACUAGUAAUGUCCUGAGCGACAAGCAAGUCUAUCCAAACUUUUUCAGAACCGUUUCCCCGGACAUGUACGGCGUGCGCGCCGCCAUUGCUUUCUUCCAGCUCCAGGGCUGGAGACGGAUCGCAACCCUGACCGUAAAUGACGACUAUGGCAGCUCGUUACAAAGCAGCAUGACCACAGAGUGUGCGGCUGCCAACAUCGAUAUUGUUGUGCAGCUGACAUACGCCACAACCACUCUUCCGAGCACCGCCAGCAACAUCGCCCAGGUGCUGAAAGACUCUGGGGCAACCAUAUUCUUCUUUGGUGGAUACUUUGAGGACUGGCUGACCCUCGUUCCUGCUAUCCGCGACAGCGGAAUAUUCGGGGUCGACUAUGCUUGGGUCGGAUCUGAUGGUGCUGCGCUGCAGUUUAACUCGAUAGCGCCAUCCGCUGCAAAGAUCUUUGAUGGCUUCAUGUAUUACUACUUUGGCGACAAUCGCACCCAGUAUGCUCAGUACCGGCUCUUCAGAUCCGAAUGGCUAGAUGCAAACACCACAGAAUAUCCGACCGCGGCCUUGGGGGACUAUGCGCUGACCAUCUCCAUGGAGGCCCUGAACUGUCUCGAGUUCCUCGUCUAUGGAUUUGAUCGGCUCUUGAAAUCAAACAGCAACUGGACACUGGCCAGCCUGAUCCAAAAUCAGCUUACGCCAUAUUACCAGAUUCCAGAAACGUUUUCAUUCCCAAACAUGAACACUGAGACGGGCCGCAUUACUUUCGACGAUGAUGGUGAUGCCAUGGGAACAUUCACUUUUUACAAUGUUCAAAACGGGGUCUAUGUGCCCAUCGUGACGUUUUCAUCGUCAGAAAGGAACUUUACGGUCGUCAAUAAUAGCUUGAUCUGGCCUGGAUCCAGUCCGUACCCGCCCAAUGACUAUUUGAGCAACAUCACAUGCUCUCCCGGAAGCGGAAUAAGUAUCAAUAGCCUCGGAUUGAUGAUUUGUGUUGUGUGUGCCCCGGGUACCUUCAACAUCAAUGGCAACAGCGCUUGUCUGCCAUGCAUCCCGGGGCUCGAGUGCGACGGCAGAUCAAGUAUCUGGACAAAGCAAGGGUACUGGCGAUAUGACAACACGAGCCUAGCUCUGCCAGAGAUGAUUCAAUGUCCGAUCGACUAUGACUGCUGUCCGAGUGGCCGAUGCAACACCACCAAUCCCUGCAGCAACUCCACAACUGGACUGCUAUGUCGGGAAUGUCGCCCAGGAUAUGCGAUGUGGGGUAUGCGAUGCAUCCCGUGCUCCUCAAGCAACCCUGCCAUGGUGAUUCUAUUUUUGUGUUUUGGCGAACUUGUUUCAGUGUUGAUACUUGUGUGCCCACCAAAGUAUUUCAAGAGCCUCCUAUCGAUGCUGUGGUUUUAUCAGCUCGCAGCGUUAAUGGCGAGCCCGGCCACAGUCCAGGGGCUGUUCAGAGCGGCUUUUCAGUUCGACAUUGGGGGAUUUUACGAUUUCGAUGCUGAACUGCCGUGUCCGUUCCAAGCGAACGCUCUCGAAUCGAUAUACGUCAAGAUUGGAUGGAUGUUUGUUAUCUGGUUUGAAUACACCGCGACGCUGCUUUCGAUGAUUGCAAUUCGCCAUUUUGUCAAGAGUCAAGUGCACAAUCUACCGGCAUGGCUUCGGUGCACCCAAAGCGCCCGAUACCACAUUACCCGAGUGUCCUGCUUUAUCAUCCUGGGGCUCGGCGUUCUGUAUCCUGUCUGGACAUGGACUGUGCUUCGAAAGGCGAGUCAGAGCAGGACUUUUCGGAUGAAAUCGGUGCUGGUAUCUGUAACUUUGGAGAACCACGACUGGAAGAAGCCAUUGAUAUCGUUUCCUCUCGAGCACUUGUCGAUCACAGCAAUCACCGUCUUCUCAGUGCGAUACAGCGGCUUUAGUGCCGAGGUCCCGGCCAAGUCUAUGAUCAUCGUGCUGGCGAUGAGUGGCACGGUCCACUCCAGCGUCGAUACCCUGAAGCGACCCCACGCCAACAUUCUGCGCCACCUCGCACUCGUUACUUUGCUUACCAUCACGUUCAUAGACUAUCUGGUAACGGUCAAUCCAGGCUGGAACCUCUCUGCCGUCACCGUCAUUCUGCUGCUGCUGCCCGGAAUUGUCGCCAUUUUCUUUGAAUGGCGGCGUCGGCUUGUCGUGGCGGCCAUCAUGAGUGGUCAGCAGAAACCACCUGCCCGUGGUGUCUCUGGGGCAAGGACCAUACGAAACUGAGAUUCCACAGCAUCCUCGAGAGAAUAUAUGGCGAACGGCACCCAUCGACAGCGACGGGGCGCACUCACCCUGA